AUGGCUUUCCUCAAGACUCUUCUCAUCUCCACCCUCGCCGUUGCUGCCUCGGCUCAUCCCCUCAUUGGACACCGCCACAACCACGGCGCUCCUCCCACUGUGACUGUUUAUGAUUAUGAAGUUGUCACUGCCAUUGGCACUUCCGUCCCCACCCCCAUCAGCAGCAGCAUUGCAAUUCCCAGCAGCUCUGUCGCUACUCCCUCCAGCUCUGUUGUAGCCUCUCCCACUGCCACUGCCGUGUCUGGUGUCACUAUCGUCAACAAUAUGGACAAGUCUCUCUACGUCUGGUCCACCUCCGACACCUCCAACGAGAUGGAGACUCUCUCCAGCGGCGGCGGCUCCUACAAUGAGGACUGGCGCAUCAACUCCGAUGGUGGCGGUAUCUCCAUCAAGGUCUCCACCUCCACCGAGGAGAGCAGUGUCCUCCAAUUCGAAUACACCCUCGGAGAACCUACCAUCUGGUGGGACAUGUCCUCCAUCAACCUUGACAAGAGUGAUCCUAUCGUCGAUGCUGGUUUCGCCGUUAGCAUCUCUGACACCAGCUGCACCACUGUCACCUGCGCUCCUGGCGAUUCUUCAUGCUCCGAGUCAUACCAGCUUCCCGAUGAUGUUGCUACUCGUAGCUGUGUCUCUACUGCUACCUUCAUCUUGACUAUCGGUUAA